UGUUGGCUCAUUAAACAGAAGUUGUGACACCGUGGUGAUCGAUGACCUUGACUAAAUAAACGAUUAGUGUUUAGGCGCUAACAUCUAGCAACUGGACGUUACACGUUUGAAUUUCGGAGGUUUUGCUGUGUCACGUAAAGUUAUUCUUCAUACACCGUCUACUUGGGACUCAGGCCUCCCAUCUGUUUACCAAAUACUUUUGAAAGUUUAGCGGAAGCCACUUGUAAAACAUUAGAUUCUUACUGACUGGAUUAAUGGAUGGUUUUGAUGGAAUGACUGAUGAAGAAAUCCAUCUGAAAGAAGCUCUUAUCCGAUCGCUGAAUGAGGAGGGUAUUUUGCCAAAGAUUCAAGCUCAACUGAAGGCAGCCGUUUAUUUGGCUCUGGAGAAGCACAAUUACGCUGAAGGAUUAUCGUCUUUGAACCAGUCCACUCGGGCAUUUUGGUCAACGGAAAAUGGCUUGAUCAUCGCUUCACUCUUAGUCGAUUUUAUGACCGUUAUGAAACUCGAAAACACACUAAAUGUUCUAAAGCAUGAAGCUCAAAUGGAACAAAUAAGGCUUCUGGAUAGUGAUACAUUAACAUCUCUUCUGCCUGUUGGGCGAACAUCGGAGAACUCUUCAGUUUUACUUAGUAUGGUGGAGACAUUGAAAAAUAUACGAAGUUCCAAAAUGAACGAUACAGAUUCUUCUUCGACAUCAAACAAUUCACGCAAAAGGUUGAGCAGAAUACCUGUCUUACAGAAUCGUGUGACAAGUUCACGAUCUCAGGCAUCUGAAGAAACGCUUUAUAAUACAAGCCGUAGGGGUGAUAAAUCAUCCAAUACGAAUGAAUACGCUAAAAUUCAUCAAGAAUCUUCGUUUCAAGAACCAGUCAACAAUUGUAGUAACAGACUGCAAAUGCGUUCACCUACUCAUGGUCCUCGGAAAUUUUGCGCCCCUCAAGUCCAAACUCACCAGUAUCGGGAAAUAUUAGCAAGUCUGAAUCCACUGGAAGUCAGAGUAUACGCACCUGUAAAAAAGCAGUCUCCAAUAAAUGAUGACAAAUCGGAUGUAGAUGACGAUGAUGAUAUCGAAGAAGUGUUGAAAACUGAAGAAUCCGUGGCGGAUGAUGCGGUCGACCAGACUGUUGAUUCAGAGCAGAGUUUGGGUCUGGAUUAUGUUGAAGAAGUGCAGUCAUCACUCAAUCCUGUUCUACCGACGCGUUUAGUUCAAUGA